AGGAGGGACAUGCACACGCAUGCUUCCCUCACCCCGGGCCCGAGGAGGAGGGACUACAGCGGAGCGGGUUCCGUGUCCGCGGCGAGUUCAGGCGCAGCGGCACAGCGCCAACAUCUCCGCGCUGCCCCUCCAAAGGAUCCGCUAACCUCUCCGCGAGACUUCUGCACUUCCCACCCCAGUCUCUCUCCCUCCCCCUCUCUCUCUGUGUCCCUCCCCACGUCCUCUCUCCGGUGUCUCCGGGCGCGCACCGCCAGUCGGUGGUCUCGUGCGCACGGACGCUUUCUCCACAUUCCGGCGCGCCGCGCUCGUCGUUUGGCUGCCGGGCUGCCGGGCUCCCUCCUCCCCUGAGGGCUCGUUACUUAGUUGGCGGCGGGUGUUUUUGCGUGACGCUGCGCUCGGACUGAACAACGAUGCGCUGCCGGCUCGCGGGGAUUUAGCGUCGUGACAUGCUUUCUGGACCCGGCGUCUCCACGAGGAAAUGGGACCCUCUGCAUGUAUGGUUACAUGAACGUCAGCGCUGCAGGCCAGAUGCCGGUGAUGGAGGAGCUUGUCAGUGAGAGCGACAGCAUGCCAAAGCGGAUAGCUCUGAUCGGCUUCCUGUCUCUCGUCAUGCUGAUGAGCAUCCUGGGAAACCUGCUGGUCAUGGUGGCCGUCUGCAAGGACCGACAACUCAGGAAAAUCAAGACCAACUACUUCAUCGUGUCUCUGGCGUUCGCCGACCUGCUGGUCUCGGUGCUGGUGAUGCCGUUCGGUGCCAUCGAACUGGUCCACCAGCACUGGAUCUACGGCGAGACCUUCUGCCUGGUCCGGACAUCUCUGGACGUCCUGCUGACCACCGCGUCCAUACUGCACCUGUGCUGCAUCGCCUUGGACAGGUACUACGCUAUCUGCUGCCAGCCGCUGGUCUACCAGAACAAAAUGACGCCCAUGCGAGUGGCUCUGAUGAUGGGCGGCUGUUGGGUUAUUCCCACCUUCAUCUCCUUCCUGCCCAUCAUGCUGGGCUGGAACAGCAUCGGCAUCGACCACCUGAUUGAAGAGCGGCGCUACAGCGAGGGCACCAACUCCACGUCCUGCGUCUUCAUGGUGAACAAACCCUACGCCCUCACCUGCUCCGUGGUGGCCUUCUACAUCCCGCUGGUCCUCAUGGUGCUGGCCUACCAAAGGAUCUACGUCACGGCCCGAGCUCACGCCCUGCAGAUCAGCGUGCUGCAGCGGGCGGGCGGGGCCGGGGUCGGCGCGGACUCCGCCGACCACCAGCGCAACCACCGCAUGCGGACAGAGACCAAGGCGGCCAAGACGCUGUGCAUCAUCAUGGGGUGUUUCUGCCUCUGCUGGGCGCCGUUCUUCAUCACCAACGUGGUGGACCCCUUCAUAGACUACACGGUGCCGGACAAGCUGUGGGUGGCCUGCCUGUGGCUGGGCUACAUCAACUCCAUGCUCAACCCCAUCCUCUACGCCUUCCUCAACAAGUCCUUCCGCCGUGCCUUCCUCAUCAUCCUGUGCUGCGGGAGGAAGAGGUACCGCAGGCCGUCCCUCCUGGGGGCCGGCGCCGCCUGCACGGCCACGCAGAUCAACAGCUCCACGCAUGUACUCAAGUAUUCUGUCCUUCAGAACGGGAACCACUCGGAGCAGAAGAAGAAGUCUCUGCCCGCCGUCGGAGAGUCCCACGAGUCCUGCUUGUGACCUCGGUCAACAUCUCCGAUCACCUCGGCUCUCCCGGCGUCGCCCGCCCGCUCAUCCCAAACCACACGCCCCCCGACGCAGCGGAUCCCCCAAAAACAACAGACCCCCUGUGGGACUUGGAGGGUGGAGGUGGGCGGGGGGAUCCAGGCGUGGAAUGUGACUUUUUCAAAAUUCAGUCCAAACCUGUGGUCCCCAGAGGUGGGAGGGAGGGGGAGGAGCCCAGGGGACUGGAACCAAACCACUUCUCUGUCUUUCCGAUGGCGCCCGCCUGCCGCCCCGCACAGACCCGCAGGCCGCACGAGACGUGAUUAUUGAAUGGCGGGAUUGACGUUGCCAAAGCUGUUUGAUAUGGCGUGACAUGCGGAGCUGUCGGUGGUUCUUAUGUCACGCUCCCUGUUGUUUCCCGGUACAAAGUCAGAACAAAGUGGGGGAAAAACUUUCGGGGGAAGCGGUUAGAAGCAUAUGGAUUUUGCUGAAUGUCGCACUUUUUUCUUUCUUUAGACUUGUCACCGAAUCAAAGAACCUUUACGUCUCCCAGGUCGAAGUUAUUUUUGCAGCUUUAAUAAAUCCUCGCUAAGCUGAAAGGGAAAGUGUGUUUGCAAGGCUGCGUUAAAUCCCUUAACCCAAACUGUCAAAGUGCAUUAUUAUCGAGGCAGCUAUUUCGCACUCCGGGCUCCUCGAGGCUCCGUGAGGGAAAAAGUUAGAGAAUCCCGACUCCUGCAAGCCGCUGCUGAGGGAUUCACGCUGUGAGGACAGUGAGGCGCGCUGCUGACGAGCCUGUGUGAUCACAUGUUAAAGUUCUUUGUGUGAGCAGGUUGAGUGUGUGUCUGCGUGUGUCAUCAUGUGACGUUUGCAUGUACGAAGACGCCCUUUUCCCAUCAUCCCGAGCUUUGCCCCCCCCCAUCCGUGUCCUUUCUUCUAUUUUCUUAUGAAACUCAGUUGCAUUUGUCUGAUGGUCGAGCUCCAUUAAACGCAAAACAGCAGGAGGACACAAAAGGUGCACAAACACAACUUCACGUGCUGGAUGUGAUCACACACUUCUGUCUGCUUAUGGCGUCUCUCCAAUCGGUAGAGCCUAAGAGAUCAGUUAAACAAAAGCAUUUUUAAACUGAUGUUUAAAACUUUUUAGGGUUUUUACGCACAAAUGCGCAAAUGUAUUCUAUUCAGUGACAACUACGCAUCUCAGAAUACUGUCAAUUUAAGAUUACAAACUCCAGAAACAAAGCUAAGGAAGCUCUUUUUUUUUUUUUUUAGAAACCCUUGUUUGCAUUUGUUGAAAUUCUCCUUAUCCACCGAUGGAACAGACAACAUGCUGGAAAAUGUUUGGUCAUUUUAUCAUAAGCCAGUCCCUUUGUGGUCUUCUGUCUGCAUUAAUUGGUUCUGGCGUCCUCCUGCAGGUUCCUCAAACGAUCCCGGCUCUAAAGCAGAGCUGGUUCCCACACACAGUCAUCACACAGACGGCAGCUACGAACUACAAACAGUGACAGCAGGCGCAGCAACGGAGGGGAGCCCUCCUACAGGAGCUCGAUAGGAACAAACUCUCAGAUCAGUUAAUCAGACACAAACACUGUUGAGCACUGAUCACUGAUCCACUGGCACCGACAGACGAGCCCAAAAAGCUCUCGACUGGAAACGUUGGGCGGACGAGCUAAUUACAAACCCCUGCAGAGAAGAGCCCGUUGACCCGGUUGAGCAAGUCACAUCUCUCCGAAAAUAUCUAGUCUGAGGCUUCAAGUACUCCAGACACACACGAGACAGAGAGACGCUGCAGUCUUCUUCACAGGCGGUUUGAGGGACACGCAUUCUGCCCCCGGAGGGUCGUUCACCUCCUGCAGGCUUCAGGCGGCGUCGUUUUCCCAAUAAACGUAAUAACCCGACAUCGCCAGCGAUUUUCGGUUUAGUUGCCGAUCCCCCCCCCCCCCCCCCCUCUGAGAUCCAGAGCUUGUUUCCUAAAGAGUCGGAGAAAGAUGGUGAAGACAUGGAGCCUGUUUCUUCACACGCUGUAAUUCAUCGAACAUUGGGAAGUCAAUUCGACUGCUAAUUGAAAAUGCAUCGUUCCUUCCACAUGCUGGAAUGUCAACAGGCAAAAGCAACAAAGAACAGAAAGAAAGUGGAAAGCUUCGUCCUGCUGUGUGAUGGACUCGUAAAAUAAUUUUGUUGUUCACGGCGUUCGAUCUGUGACCUCCACAAAUGAAGCACAAGCACUUUUUUAUGGUUUAUCAAUUUAGUAAAGGUAGUCUGAUAUAUUUAGAUACUAAAUAUUUACAGUGAAAACCUGUAGAUUAAAAAGUAUGAGAUGGUCAUUUCUCGUUUCCCUCUUACUUACAAUUUGUAUCUGCAAGUAUCUUAAGAUCAUAAAUUACUCACCGUUGAAAACCGUUCCCCGGAUUUAAUUUGCUCGACCUUCCGAGUCUUUUGAUCAAGCUUACCGAUGGAGUCGUUUCCUUGCGUCCUUCACUCUGUCCUUCCUGAGCAUCACGUCUUUCUGCAGAAUACAAACAAAAUGAAACUCCACAGAGAUGUUCAGUCCUUGGAGGUUGCAUAUUCAGCCUUUUUUUUAAAGCAAACCUUCAUGUUUUCAGCUUCUUUAAACCCACAAUUUUCUUUUCAAACAAACGUCUGUUUGUUGUUUUUCCAGAAGUACAAAAGGAGACUUUGUGGCUUCUUCCCCACUUUGCUGUUCGAUGGCCGCCCACUUCCACAGCCGCAGUUUCCAUGACAUCUGUGUACGAAUGCCAGGCGGUGUGUGUAUGUGCAUUGUCAUGUGGAGGUGUGUGUGUGUGUGUGUGUGUCUGGGGGGGGGAGCGGCUACCCAACCGUCUAAUAAUUUGAAAAAUCAAGCUCGCCCACUAUCACAAAUUUAGUGAGGCAAGAAAAUACAAAUUUUAAACAUAUCACCAGAUUAAAAAAAGUGAAGAUCGAUCUUAUUGCCCGAGUUAUGAGACAUCUAAGAAGUGUGGUGUGUUGUGGCCCAGAGCCACUGAUGCAGAUCAACUGAAGGUCCUUUAGGACAGGGGGGGGGGGGCUGCUUUCAAUUCAAAGGAGACAAAUGCUUUUUCCUCUUUACUUAAGCAGAAUCUGUAGCCUUUUAAAAGCCUUCUGCCUCCUAAAUAUCCUCUUUCCAAUUCAUCUCCGGUUUUGUUUUUGAGAAACUUUUCCUGUAGUCGAUGGUUCAAUGUUCCUGCGAAUGAAUCCAGUAAUCAGGGGUUUGUCCGGAAUAAUUGUCAAUGUUGUGGUUUUCAUUUUUUUUUUGCACAAGCGCAACUUUUUUCAAAUGGUAAACUUCAUGUGACCACGCAGGUGAGUUUGCACCCUGAAGUUCUCAUUGCGGCCGCUUUGCCUCUUUUAUUUGCAAAAUGGGAAAGACGUGUUAUGUUUGUACAACAUGUCACCCGUCUUUUUGGGAUGCAGCCGCUGUUUAGAUCCUACUUCAUAAAACAUUCAAGGAGUACCGCCAACUGCAUGCACAGGAUCCAGGACUAGUUUGGACCCUUAUUUUCAGGAUUUGGACGGUUAGUCAUAAGUGCUAAAGUCCGUGUCAUUCCUUCUCUGCCCUCCAUCGUUUUUUUAUUUAUUCAUUUAUGUUUUGGAGCUUAUAACAUGAAUGUGUAUAUAAAGAAAAAAAACUCCUGCAAAUGGUCCAAAAAGGAGUAAAAAUUAAAAAAAAAACUUUUAUAAAACUCUUCAGUAUUUAUUUUGACGGAACAAAAUGGGUAUUUUCAUGUAUGAAAAGAACAUUAAAAAGCUUCUCUUUCAGGGAGUUGAAAUGUGUUUGACUUUUUUCUGUUGCUAUGUGACAGUUCUGAUGAAGGCUGAUUAAAGAUUAAAGACAUGGUGAUAA